AUAUAUCUAAUAUUAUAUUCAGAUCAUAAACAUGUUGAUUUAUAAACAAGUAGACGACGGCGGUUAUCUGGGAGGAAGAUUCCAUUUCUAUUUUCUAUUUCUUCCACUGUGGCACCAAAUCAUGAUUACCCAAUCUCAAGAUUCACCUUCUUUCCAAUUAAAGAUUUGAUUUCUAUGGUUCUUGUUUACAGAACAAGAUCUCAAGCUCCAUUAAUGGCGAUUUCUGAUGCUGAGAAUUGGAUUAGGGUUCAUAAAAUGCUGUUCUGAUUAAAGAUGGCGUUGAUUGGAGUGAUUUCAUGUUGUAGAAUUGAGAGGAUUUUGAUCCAUUUUAAUGGAUAACUCGUCGGAAAAUGGUUGGCAGAGACCUAGUAAUAGAAACCCUAGAUCAAUUCCGGCCACCACCACCAUUUUUUCCGGCGAGUUUGAUCGGAAUCAUGCUACCAAACUAGAAAAAGAUUUUGACCCGUUAGAGGUCAAAGAUGUUAGCUUGAGACAGUGGUUAGAUAGCGAAAAUCGAACUGUUGAUCCGCUCGAAUGCUUGCAUAUCUUUAUGCAGAUCGUAAAGAUCGUAAGCUUAGCGCAUUCCGAAGGGAUUAUCGUUCAUACUGUUCGACCGUCGUGCUUUGUUAUGUCUUCAUUUAAUGAUGUUUCGUUUAUAGAAUCUGUGUCGGGUUCGGAUUCGGAUUCUGGUUCGGAUUGUUUCGUGGAUGUAACAAGUUGCAGCCAGAAAUCGAAUUCGAAACCGGAAAACGCUCUAGAAACCUGCAAUUCCCAACUAGAAAACACUUGGUCUGGAUUAGAUUCCGACCAAGUUAAAGAAACCGAAGAACAGAAGCACCGAUUUCCGAUGAAACCGAUUCUAGAAAUGGAAACAAAGUGGUAUACAAGUCCAGAAGAGGCUGCGGGUGGUCCAAGUUCUUGUGCUUCGGAUGUUUAUCGAUUAGGGGUUCUUCUUUUCGAGUUAUAUUGCCCUUGUAGUUCAUCACCGGAAAAGAACGCAACUAUGUCGAACCUCCGACAUCGUGUCUUUCCGCCUCAGUUACAUUUGAAGUGGCCGAAAGAAGCCUUCUUUUCUAUGCGGCUAUUGCAUCCUGAUCCCGCCAGCAGACCGAAGAUCGACGAAGUGUUAGAAAGUGAGCUUCUUAAAGGACCUAGACAAAAUCUAGAAGAACGAGAAGCCGUGAUCGAACUCGAAGAAAAGAUCGUUGAGCAGGAUAUGUUGCUGGAAUUUCUAUUAGUUCUGCAAAAACGAAGGCAGGAAGCUGCGGAUUUCUUGAAACGGGAUGUUUCAUUUCUAACUUCCGAUUUGAAGGAAGUUACGAAAUUGCAAACAUCUAUUAGAAAAAACCGUCUUCAUGCUACGGAUCUUUCUCAAAACAACGAUUCUGCAAGCUCGGGGUCCAGAAAACGAAUCAGAACGCUAGCGCAGGUCCAUAAUGCUGACGAAUCUGAUGAUCAAGAAAAUCAAGAAAAUGUCCCGGUUAGUUCUAGAUUGAUGAAAAACUUCAAGAAACUAGAAUCGGCUUACUUUUUGACCAGGCACAAGACCUCGAAAUCGAUCGGCAAACCGUUGGCUAGAAAUCGAGCAGUAAAUGGUGACGGAAAAGGGUCCGUAAGUUUGGAAACUAAUUCUCCGUCGGAAGGGCAAAUUGGGUGGAUAAAUCCAUUCUUGGAGGGACUAUCCAAAUACAUGUCCUUUAGUAAAUUGAAAGUGAAAGCAGAUUUGAAACAAGGAGAUCUUUUGAAUUCGUCGAAUCUUAUAUGCUCGUUGGGUUUCGAUCGCGAUGGGGAGUUUUUCGCAACAGCGGGUGUAAACAAGAAAAUUAAAGUUUUUGAAUACGAUUCGAUAUUGAACGAGAAUCAAGACUUCCAUUUCCCGAUCGUCGAAAUCCCGACUAGAUCAAAGCUAAGCAGUAUUUGUUGGAAUGGCUAUAUCAAGAGCCAGAUUGCUUCUAGUAAUUUUGAAGGUGUAGUGCAGGUGUGGGAUGUUACACAAAACCAAGUAUCUGCUGAAAUGAGGGAGCACGAGCGACGUGUGUGGUCUGUGGACUUCUCGGCCGAUCCGACUUUGCUGGCCAGUGGCAGUGACGAUGGUUCCGUUAAGCUCUGGAACGUCAAUCAGGGAGCGAGUAUCGGUACCAUUAGAACAAAGGCCAACGUCUGUUGUGUUCAGUUCCCUUCUGAUCCCGGAAAUUUUCUUGCAUUCGGUUCAGCAGAUCAUCGAGUGUAUUACUAUGAUCUACGCAAUUUAAGCAUACCGCUUUGCACAUUGGUCGGGCACAAUAAAACCGUAAGCUACAUCAAGUUUCUAGAUUCAACAACUCUUGUAUCAUCGUCAACGGAUAACACGAUGAAGCUUUGGGAUUUGUCAGACUGCACGUCUCGUGUUCUUGACUGUCCGAUUCAGACCUUAACCGGCCAUGUAAAUGUGAAGAAUUUUGUCGGGUUAUCGGUAUCCGAGGGCUAUAUCGCUACUGGUUCAGAAACAAAUGAGGUUGUCAUCUACCACAAAGCUUUCCCUAUGCCUGCUUUGUCUUAUAGAUUCAGCACCACAGAUCCAAUAUCCGGAAAUGAAGUGGACGACACCGAGCAAUUCAUCUCAUCCGUCUGUUGGCGUAAUCAAUCCAACACCUUGAUUGCUGCAAAUUCUAUGGGAAAUAUCAAGAUCUUGGAGAUGGUCUAGUUUUGGGAUCUUUGAAGGACCAAAGCAAGAAGCCUAAAAAGGUUGGGUAGAACAGGGGCAUUUCAGUAAAGAAAUUUUGGGAUUAGGGGUAUGCAGGUCAUUUGUGCAUAAAACUCAGAAGAGAAAGGUGAAAUCUAUUCAUGUAUAUCGACAUUUUUGCAGUUUCACAUACAUUUGAGCAAUAUAAAUAUCAUACAAUAUUUAACC